AUGAGUGCUUCUAUUUCAACUCCUAAUCCAAAAAAGCCCGUGACUGCGACGAGAGGACGUCACAUAAGGGCCUCGUCGGCGCAGCAAGCUCCAGUUGUCCUGCAACUUUUUAAGCCAAAUAAACAGCCAGUGUCAAUCUCCAAGAUAGACAUGGACAGACAAGAUCUACACGAAUGGCCAAGUGACGAUAAAAUCAGCAGCAUUGGCAACGCGUCAACGACAAGUGGCAAUAACAACGGUGCUACCCAUCAGAAAGGCGGUGGAGCUACAGUUUUAUCGCUGCAGAAUAACCAUAUCACUAAAAUCAGCCCCAACACCGCACUUAGUGGUGUAGUACUACUGGAUUUGUAUCACAACAAACUGAGCUCCUUGCACGGGCUAGCGAUGUUACCUGCACUGCGAGUGCUACUUGUCGCAAAGAACAGGUUGACGCGUCUGGACGGUCUGACUGAAGUUGUUCACUUGGAAGUGUUGGACCUUCACGGCAAUCAGCUGCAGCAUCUCCACGGACUGUCUACUCUCAAAAGGCUGCGCGUACUGAAUGCAGCGGGCAACCUGCUUCGCGAGGUAUCGGGGCUACGAGGCUUGGAUUCGUUACUGGAGCUGAACCUGCGACGCAACCUCAUACGCGGCGUUAGCGAUCUCCACUACCUACCUCGUCUACAGAAGCUCUUCCUUGCGCACAAUGAAAUAUUCAGGUACGAAGAUAUGAGCUGCGUACAAGGAUGCCUGAAGCUAAAAGAGCUUUCAUUACACCACAAUCCUGUUAGUAGACACGGCCUAUACUUCUACACAGCGCUCACUAAAUUCUACAGACUUAAGAGACUGGAUGAACGCGAAAUAGAUCUGGAGAUGCGCAAGACGGCAGAGCGAAUGCUGCAGAAGGCGAAGGAGCGCGAGAAAGCUCGUUCGUGUCGUCUGCACAGCGCCGUGAGCCGCGCCAGCGCCAUCUGCAGCGCCCGCGACAACUGGAACCGGCUGAAAGUUGCGCACAAACGACUACGCAACAUCAGUGCCGCGACAACGUCCACGGUUAAACAAAAGGAAGCUGCCGAGGAAACUAAGAAAUCCGAAGACGAGCCCGUCAUCGAGGAAACUGCAUAUCCAGUCAAAACAGUGAGCGACACUGAGCCUGAAUAUGAAUCAAAACUGGACAGUACAAAUUCAAAUGUUAAUGAAAAUAAAAUCACAACUAUCAGAGAACGUCUCCAACCGGCUGAGCUGGAAGAAAACGAGCAGGCAGUGGUAGAAGGAACUAACAACGGUGAAAAAGGGAAAACGAUCACAGACAUUAAUAAAACCAUAGAAGAAGAUAGUAUAACUCAGGAGAUUUGUUUAAAAUACUCGUCAUCUAUGACAAGACCAAGUGAUUCAGAACAUACGCUUUCAGAAAAAUGUAGUUUGUCUCACACAAAUCUAGAUGAAAUAGUGAGCGAAAAUGCUGAUAAAGCUCUCCCAUCCGGCGCAACAGAUGAUGAAAUUGUGCAAGAGACUCAAUUGAAACACCCUACAUUCUGCACAACUGAACAGACUAGUUUGGAUAAACACAACCAUUCUAGCAAUACAACUGACGGUCAGGUGUUAAACUCCAACAGUACAACGAGCCCAGAAAAAGUGACAAUCAUGAUAGUUACCAAUGAAUUACAGACCAAUGAAAACGUCGAUAAAAGCGAUCGAUUGCUAAAAGUUGAAAGCUCAGGUGAUAUAAACAGUUCGCCAGAAAACACGCUCAAUACGGGGUCGAAAAACACGGUAGAGAGGUAUAGGAGUUCACCGAAUUUGUUAGUUACACAAGCUACUCUAACGGAAAAUUAUUUAGACCAGGAGAACCAAAAAGAAGUUGAAACCUGCGCAAGCGGAAACAAAAAUCAAGCACUUGCUAGAAGCGUAUCUUGCUGGAACUUAGUUUUGCCAUUGAAGAACUUGACUCAAAAGAUGCAAGCAGCGCAAGCAAUGGAAAAACCAUUACACACUAAUCCUACAUAUUCCAAACUUCGACUGAAAAAGAUGUCUCUUCCCAACAAAAUCCCACUGCGAAAAUCUGCGUCGACCAGAAGCCUCGUGAGCUUACCAGAACACAGAAAAAUGAACUUACUUACUGAAGGCCUUGAAAAUAGCGAGGCUGGAUCAAACAAAUUCGAAGACAACAGACCGAAAACAGCUAAUUGUAGUAGCAACAAGAAAUUGCGUAAUGAUGCUCCUUACCAGCAACUUGCAUCCAGUUGUGAUUCUCUGUCAUCUUCCGAUUCCUCAAAACAUGAAGAAGAAAAUGAAAACCUAUCCGCCACAUCUUCUUCCACAGCCAUUAGUAAUAGCUGUGCUAAGAUUUUGAAACCAGGCGAAAAAUUAACCCAUCCAGAAUCUGGACAGAACGCGGGACACAGUAGUUUUAAAAUCGACUUUCAGCAAAACAAAGCAAGUUCAAAUGGUACCAACGCUGCAGGUUCCAUGCUACAACCACCGCCUCUGACCCAUCGGCAUAGUAUUUCAAACCUCAACACUAGCAGAAAUACAUCGAACUCGAACGCAACAAUCUCGACUAGCGGGGCACCAAGCACAGGUUUACUACGACAGCAAGGUAAAAACUAUCUUGCUGAAAUAGAUUCAGGAAUGCUAAAUUUGUAUGGGCAAGGGGCGUUGAAUUGCAUAGACUUGCAGUGGGACAAGACAGCGGCCAGUGCAGCCACAACUGCGAAAUUUCAGUACAUAAAUUUUGAUGAAGCCAUCGCGGUUUUCUCGAAGCUGAGGUCCAAGUUCCCAAAGCUACAAAAUUUUGUGUUUGAAGAAACCCACCUAGCGCGCUUCGGCCAGCUCAAUGCUCUGGCUGAAUUACAUCAGGUGAGAAGUCUGUCCGUGGGUCAAGACGGUAACCCGAUCACCGAGCACUCGCAGUGGCAAUACUACGCCAUUUUCAGGCUCACUCACUGGGGUCUAAUGGUCAUCAACGGCAAACCCAUAAGCGACGACGAACGGCAGGAAGCAAUGGUGCAAUUCGGAUCUCUAAGUCAACUUGCGUUCAUGUGCUUACCCAGAGAUAACCUUAAUGCACUGAUGAUGGCCAGCAGGAACAAAACAGAGGGAGGCAGCGGCGGAGGAGAGCCAAGUGGGGAGGGGGGAGGGAGUUUGGGAGCACCCCACCUCCAGGAGCUUAUAGGGAAAGAAGCGCUGCAGUACCGACCUGAUGCAGCUGCUGCUACUCAGGAAGGAAGCCGCGCUGCGGGACGAAGAGCUACUCGUCGUCUGCUGCUGUGGUCGGCAGAGUCGGUCGCACGUCUGGCAGAGUUUGAAACCGUGUGGCCGAGCGUCAUGCACGACAUGGCACGGGAUGCGCUAGCUGACUUUUCCAAACCUAACUACGGCAAACUCAUGCUCGACAAAAUCAAAGCAGAAAUGCGCAUAAAUAAGUAAUACUUGAAUUCAACUUUGAAUGAAUUCAACAUCGAAUCCAUCAUUGUUCAAGUAUGAUCGAUUUUAAAAAUGCGACAUAAUUCCCUUGAUACGUACCUAAUCAUACAAGAGAAGUAAAAGCUCAUGCUCUAUGAAAAAAAUACAGAAUAAAAGUAUAUCGACUGUUCGAAGCAAUAUUGUUUUGUAGUGCCAAUUUAACAUGCACGGCAAAUAUAGGCAUUCAGUAAAAGAUACUAUUAUUUUAACAAAAAUUUUAAACACGCAAUACGGUCAUUUUGGAGGGGAAAAUUUUGAGUGUUUUCUAUUUUAUUUAAAGCUACAGCUAUUGAACUCUUCCUCGAGCAAAUUUAUUCCAAGUUAAAAUUGUGCACAAAAAAAAAAUUUGCCCGUAAAAUGCCAGUCGAUACAAACUUCGUAUUCAAUGCACACAGGAGGAACAAAUAGUUUAUAAAUUCAGCACCGUAGCCCAUGCUAACCCGGAUUAACGGAUUUAAUCGGUAAAGGAUUAAAUCGAAUUGAGAAAGUUUUAAACAAUAUAGGUACAUUAUUUCAUAUCACUUACUAUCUGGGUGCAAAUACGCGCGAUUUUUGAUAACGAUCCUCAUUUUAUUUUACUAAUUCAAGGCCUCCUACCGAAUUUAGACUAUCAGCGAAGAAGCAACAUCAAUUUUUUUUUUCUUUAAUUGGUUGCACAUGAGUAAUGAAUUGUUAAAUAGUUGUGUAAUUUUGAGUAUUAAUAAACCGUCUG